AUGCUGAGCUGGUGGCUGAUCUUCAAGUUUUUGCUUGGCCCGGCAGCGGCUGGACAAGUCAUCACCGCUCCAACCUUGGUCAUGCCUCACCACGAGGGCGAAGUGCUGUGCCUUCUCUCCAAUCUCGGCAUGGUGGACACCUUUCUCGCGAGCUUGAUGGCGCUGUUCUGGUCGAUGAUCAUGCUGUUGGUCUGCAUGUCAAUCGGCGCCCUAGUCUUGUGCGAAUCGUGCAUACCGCUCUUGCAGGAGAUGUCUUUGGAAACGGCAGAAUGGGUGUUCGCCAAUUACGGUACCUUCUUCCGGUCCAUGUUCACUAUGUUUGAAAUCACAUUUUCAGGUGGGUGGCCGAACUCGGUACGCCCUUUGGUGGAUGAUGUAAGCAUCUACUUUGCAAUACCCUGUUUGCUGUACGUGGUUUUCAUCGUCUUCGCGGCGCUUCGUCUUAUCACGGCGCUCCUGGUCCGGUCGACCAUGCAAGCUAUGUCCAAUGAUGCAGCCAUGGCCGUCCUCGAGCGGCAGGAGCGGUCGACAGAGCUCCAGGAAAAGCUGAAGAUGAUCUUCGAGGAUGGUGAUCUGGACGGCGACAAGGCCUUAACCCUGGCAGAGUGGGAGAAGCUUUUCCAACAUCGAGAAAUCGUGCAAUACCUGAGCGUGCUCGAGCUUGAUGUUCACGACGCAAAGAUGCUUUUCCAUAUGCUCGAUGAUGGCGAUGGCUUGCUUACAGUGCAGGAGUUCUGCGAAGGCGUGCCAAAAGUGAAAGGAACGGCGAAGUCCCUCGAUAUUGUCCGCUUGAUGCACGAGACCGAUGACAUCCGAAAAGAGUGCAAAGCCAUUCGCAGUGCCAUCGAACGCCGGGUGUCACUGUGA